UAAUCGUCCCCGCCCUCGAGGCCGGAUAUAUGAGGCGAGGAAUUUGUUAUUUGACCUCGUUGUCCCCGGUGCCCUGGACCUGCUUCUCCCUCCACCUGCAACAUUCUUUCUCCCGCUCAUUACCUAAAGUUUUAUCACGUUCCUUUCACCAACUUCAGCACGAGUCGAAUUCUUUCUUUUCUGUCUCCUGGAUUCUUCUCUCUUCACACAUCGCAGAAGAAGUUCAAGAUCACAGGAGCCUAACAAUCAUUUGAACAGGCGGAGACAUCAUUGAUCCUAUCCUUAAUCAGAUCGACCACGAGGACACUGAAGAUAUGAGAUCCGAGUGCAAUAUGUCUGACAGACUCACCAUCGACGUCGACUGUGGUUCAUAUGGAUCGAGCGAGUGUCCUUCUAUGGCCUCGAGUUUCUCGCCUUUGGAUUCACCCACCCCGACCCCAACCACUAUCUAUAGUCAAGGGUCCCUGGCCUCACCCGGCUGGCCCGACGGACAGUCAUUCUCUGGCCAUCACUUCGAAACAACCCAUGCAACCACUCCUUUGAGGAGCAGCUUCCGUCUUGCAGAGAUGACCUCGGACGGCAUGCAGCUGCCCUAUGCUAACAUGGAUGGAAACUUCGAUUACUUGCCCGGCUAUGCCGACAGCGGCGAGCAGCUCUGGAUCCAGUCGGACAUGCCCAAGGGCUAUGACAACGGCAACCCUUUUCCUUAUCAGCCAACCAUGCCGCAGUACAAUCAUAUGGCUAGGAACUAUUACCAUGGCGGCCAGCGUGGUUACCUUCCUGAAUCCGUCUCCAACCCCUGCUUGUCCCGUCCUAUCUUUCAUCAACCAGAACGGCUUCCGAGCUCCAUGUCGAUGAACAGCAUCCCACAGUGGAUGCCAUCUGCAGAUGCCAUCUCUCCUCAGACUAUCACCCCGUCUCAGGCGUUCCCAGAAGCUCCCGUCACGCCGCCUCCUUCCUACUCCGCGUUCCCCGCCUCCAUCCACAGUCUCCGCACUCACACACCGACGACCCCUAUUCGAUCUAGUCCCAUGACGACCUCAUCUAGCUCAGGGACGCCAAUGACUCGUGUAUCUUGCGGUGGUAAUGAGUACAUGGAAGAUGACUUCAACUUGUCUCCUGGUAUGCGUGAAAGUCUCAGACAACGACAGCUCCAGAGGCGCCCUUCCAAGAAGACCGUUAAGAAGCCGGUCCCCAAGCAGAGCCUCAAGCUUGAGAACUUGCCCUCCAUCAUCAAGCAGGUUCAGUUCCGAUGCAAGGAGCCAGGUUGUAAAGGUCGAUUCAAGAGGCAAGAGCAUCUCAAGAGGCACAUGAAGAGCCACUCCAAGGAGAAGCCUCAUGUAUGCUGGGUGCCAGGAUGCAACCGGGGUUUCUCCAGAAGCGAUAACCUCAAUGCACACUACACCAAGACUCACAGCAAGAGGGGUGGCCGCAACCGCUAUGUUGCUACCCUUGACGAGACAAGCCCUGACUAUGACCCAGACUUCCGCGGUCAAUUGACCCCUGAUGGUCGUCCCAUUUAUGGCUCCAAGCUGGAUGACCCGAUCCCGCAGGCCCAGGAGACCGACAUUGACAACUGGGACGACUAAAGGGACCAUUAUGGUCAGACAUCCUCGUUACCGGGAGUUUCUUUUUCCUUCUUUUAGAUUGGUACAGACGCAGGGCAAGGCAGGCCCGGGCUGGCGCUUCACGGCGUACUUGUACAACUCCAAAUACCUUUUGUGGCAUCUGUUUUUAUUUUUUUCUGUCGAAUAAUUCCCAUUUUGUUAUUAUCUGGCGUCCAUGUUGUGUCUUGUCAUCGCUGCAUAGUUGGGAACCGUUGAUACUCUUAUUGGUCUGGAUAACGUUUCUAUCCUUGUGUUUUUACUUUUUUUUCUUUUCUUUUUUUGAAGACUCAUGUAUGAUCAAAAGAUUCUUGGACGCGU